AUGGGGAACGCCCCGUCUAAAACCCCCGGCGCAACAGCCGGCGGCGACAAGAAGGUGAACCGCCGGACUUCCAUACAGGCGCUGUCGGGGUCGAAAGCACCAGCAGCCGACCCAUCACACUCGAGAGAGAGCGCUACCGGGCAUCCUGCUACUCAGAAACAACCUCCUCCCUUCCACCAGCGGCUUCAGUCACGAACCGUCGAAACACCCGUGAGCAGUGGCGGUGGUGGGGAUAGGCUGGAACGUCGUAAUUCACGGAAGCAUCGUGAAGGCGACCAUUAUGAUCUCCCAGUUCACCCCAAGGAAUCACAGGCUAUCCAGCCAUCCCCGGCCGUACAGGUCCCUGACCAUGCAGCCGCAUAUCGUGAUCAGAAUGAGGCAUCAACUCCGAGGCCGGUCAACACAUACUACGCAGCCCCCUCCCACCUCACACGGCCGCCCCGACUGCCGCUACCUAUCGGCGAUGCCAUGACUGCACCGGGAUCUCCAAUCACUGCAAGCGGCUCGCUAGGUGCUGCCAUAGCAUUCGAUAAGGCAGGCCAGGAAGCAUUGGCAGAGAAGUCAGAGUUGGAUCCUGCAAUUGACGAAGACGACGUUGUCCAGGAUGAACUAGACUCCAUUGUCCCGACGGGGUUUAACAAGUCGGUUCCAACGACCAUCGACUGGAGAGGUGGUGGAGAGAAGGUUUAUGUGACUGGGACAUUCGUGAACUGGGCGAGGAAAUUCAAAUUACACAAAAGGUUGUUUACCAUCCAUCUAUCCUGA